CGAUCGGACCCAUGUUUAGAGUGUGAUGUGAUGUCCCGAAUAAAUUAAGCUUUUUCAAUCAUUAAUAUAACCAGAAAAUGAAUAGCGUCAUUUUAAAACGCAGUUUGUAUAUUUCGUCAAUUCCUUCCGGGUAUUAAAGCGACAGGAUGCGUUUUAAUGUUUUGUCGCUAUCUACUAUUCAGGUCUCGUGUAGUUUGUGUCAUUGACACAUCGUGGUGAGUACAACAUGCGGGGCGCUGCGGGGAUAGACGUCUUCUGAUAGCAAUGUUUGAUAAGCCGUCUGUUUCUCCGCCAAAUUGAAGUUAAAGUCACGUUAACUAGCUAGUAUUCAACUUCAUAAAAUCGAUGAAAAAAUGUUUACAUCCGUCGCCUGCGCGUGCGUGCGAAACGGGACGAGAGUCUCGGUCCCUGUUGCUAAGUUGUCCCUCUCUUCAACGGUGAAGACCUCGCAAAGGACUCUGAAUCUGACAGGGGUACAAGAUGAGUCUCUGCCGUGGUUAUCCAGACUCCUCACACCGACUGCCUGGCGGGGCAGGGGACCGACCUUCAGAGGUGUGUCCCUAUCUGCAGCUUCCCGUGGAGGUACUGACCCCCAGGGUUCAGCUUCUGUCCCCUGCGAGAGCGACCCGCUAGAUAAGAAGAACUUCGGCUCCCUGUCCUCCGACAUGUCUUCCAGGAGGUUGUUCAGAAAAAGCAGCCCAUACGUGCAGGAUCUGCGGUACCGAGAAGAGGAGGACGAGGAGGAAGAGACGCUAAAAGCUCGGAGGCCCGGGAGGAGGAACACACCGUAUUGGUACUUCUUACAGUGCAAGAAGCUGAUCAAAGAGAACAAGCUGCAGGAGGCCUUGGACAUGUUCAGCAGAGACAUGCUGCAGGGAGAGAGGCUGCAGCCGGCCGAGUUCAACUACACUGUCCUGAUAGGAGGCUGUGGCCGAGCUGGACAACUCAAGAAGGCCUUCAAACUCUACAAUGACAUGAAGAAGCGAGGUCUUGAUGCUACAGAUGCUACCUACACCGCGCUGUUCAAUGCUUGUGCUGAGUCGCCAUCCAAACGAGCCGGCCUCCAGCAAGCGCUGAAAUUGGAGCAAGAACUCCGACGCAAGAGCUACCCCCUCAGCACCAUCACGUACCACGCCCUUCUGAAGACACACGCCGUCACCAACCACCUUCAAGCCUGUAUUCACACGCUCAGGGAGAUGCUGCAGAACGGCCAUGUUGUAACCCAGGAGACGUUUCACUACCUGCUGAUGGGCUGUUUAGCGGACAAAGACACAGGAUUCAGACUGGCUUUACAGGUCUGGCGCCAGAUGUUGAUGUCCGGGAUUCUUCCAGAUGCAAAGAACUAUAACUUGCUCUUGCGAACUGCAAGGGAUUGUGGGAUUGGCGAUCCCGCCCUGGCCGCUGGCGUGCUGCUGAGGUCCGACUGGAAGCAUGACAAAGAACGUGUGUCAAAGUCUGGACACAAGGAUGUAAUAGACAUUGACCUUCUGGAGAGACAGUUGUUCAUACAACCCGAUCCCCUCAGUGACGGUCCACAGGACAGCAGAGACGGUGAAGACGAGUCCUACAGCGGACAAGACGCAACCCAUUUGAUACCAGUCAGACAAACGGCCUCCCUGCCCAUUGACUUAGCAGGUGAUUGUGCAGACCCUAACCUGCUGGACCUUUUUGAGGGUAAGAUGGGUGGUGUGAUCUCCCUCGGCACUGUGGAUGGGGCAUCAGACAGACUCGCGCUCAUCGGAGGAGCUAAAGGUUUCCUGGAGAAGAUGGAAGCUAAGGGACUCAAGCCAGACCUCAGAACUCUGACCCUGCUGGCCGACAUGAUGGACCCGGGCUGCCAGUCCCUGCUGAUGCUGCUGAAUGUCGCCACGCAGCAUAAACUGAAGCCUGAUGUCGCGUUCUUUAACUGUGUGAUUCGUAGAGCAGCCAGGGCUGGUGAUUUGGAGGGGGCAAAGGCUGUGUUGAGUGUGAUGCAACAACGCAACGUAAGCGCGAAUGUGCAGACGUUCGGAUGCCUCGCGCUGGGCUGUGAGCGACAGAACGACGGCCUGCAGCUGCUUAAAGACAUGGAGGAGGCGGGUCUUAAGGCUAACGUCCAUGUGUUCUCAGCUCUAAUUGGCCGAGCAACUCGAAGACUGGAUUACGUCUACCUUAAAACGAUCCUCAGAAGCAUGAGCAGCAUGGGGGUGUGGCCUAAUGAGGUCAUCAUCAGACAGCUGGAGUUUGCCUCACAAUAUCCUCCAAACUAUAACCAGCACAAGUCCAGAAACAACUACCUGGUCCAAAUUGAUGGUUUCCGCGGUUACUACCAGCAGUGGCUGAGAGAAAUGCCUGCUCAGAGCUCUGAGGACGAGCAGUCGGGGACGGAAGCUGCAGUGCUGAAAACAGAAGCUGCAGAUGGACUGAUAGAGAGCCAAGGGAGCCAGACAGCAGCUUCAAGAAGAUAUAUUUCUCAUAAGAAGGACAAGAAGAGCAGCGCUGCUCUGUAACAGCACUCCUCAAAGUAUCUGUGAUUUCUCUCCUCGAUCCUCUGUUGGUGUGUGAGCUUGGAUGGACUUGGGGUCAAAGUAGUGGCUCAUGGAAUUUCAGUUAACUUAAUGCAGACCCAUUUUUCUCUAAAGAUCAAUGUUAUUGUAAUUUUAUAUUCCUAUUAAAACAAAAUUCAAGUUUCAGUACAUGACUCUUGAGACAUUAAAACAUUUCAGUUGUUGCAUUAUGUUUAUCUCAACCAGGGAGGUUAUGUUUUCAGUUUGGUUGGUUUGUUAUGUGGUCAGUUUUUCAUGGCCUGAAGAAGAACAUUAGAUUUUGGAGUGGAUCUGAUUCACAGAGGUGAAUAUAUAAACUACUUUUCACUUUUGUUAACAAAACAGAUUAUGGAAUUUGGCCUUGAUAGAAUAAAGGUACCGUUAGGCCUCUCAGGUGGCCUACACAUGUUGUUGACCCAGCUUCAUACAGAGGCUUAGGGUUAGCAGUUGUUACGGUGCAACUGGUACAGCUUUAACAUUGCCACAGUUUUUCUAAUGCUUUUUUUCUCAAACUAAGGCGUGGCUAUAAAAACAGAAAUUCCCAUAUAUUUGUGGCUUUACAUAAUGUUUUCUGAUUUCUGCAUUGUAUGACAGCUGCUACAAUGAUUUCAUGAUGUAUGUAGGCCUACAUAUUAAAUUACUAAAUCAUA